GAUCUUUCAAAGACCUAUAGAAUAGAUUAUAUAUAUCAUAUAUUCUCUAGUCUCCAGCUGUAGCUACAUCAGGCUCUUCUCAGUAUGCAAUACAGAACAGUGAUGAUGUACACUGAAAUAGGCUGCUUCAUAGUGUGUGUUUGUGGAUGGAUCUUGGUUUGUUCCACCAUGCCAACGGAGUACUGGACUUACUCUGAAGUACAGAGUUUAGUUCUCACGUCUUCUCACUAUUUCUCAAACCUCUGGAAAGACUGUCUGACUGACUCCACUGGUGUUUCUGACUGCAAAGACUUUCCCUCUUUGCUGGCUUUGCAGGCCUACAUUCAUUUGUGCCGAUCUUUGAUCAUCAUUUCCAUCAUUCUGGGAUUCUUCGGAGCUGUUCUGGCUUUGGUCGGGAUGAAGUGCACAAAACUUGGUGGAUCUGAAAUUGUGAAUGCAAGAAUCACCUUUACUGCCGGAAUCAAUUACAGUUUAUCAGGUCUCUGUGCUAUGUUUGCUUACAGCUGGUAUGGCAACAAAGUUAUAUCUGAGUUUAUGGAUCCCAAUUACAAAGCUAAAAAAUUUGAGCUUGGAAUGGCGUUGUUUAUAGGAUGGGCCGGCUCGGCGCUGCUCAUUGUUGGAGGACUCAUUUACAGCAUCUUUGCGGGGAAGGAGGGCUGCCAGUCCAGCUCAAAGACCCAUGAGAACUCUCCUCUCUCUAAACUAAAUAAAAAAACAGACACUCCACCAUCUCCCAUCCCUGACAGACCAAAUGGGAAACUGUAUUCCAGCAAACCUUCCAAAGGCUUUCACAGCAUGGAUGCAUAUGUCUGAUGUGUUCUGUUUGAAUUGAGUUUUUAUAAUCUCAGAGCUUUCACAUGUUGAUCUGGUCAAGUUCAAUAGUGGUAGUGCAAAGGAUAAUGUAAAUCUUUGUGUUACUCUAUAAUUUUUAGUUUAAGCAAUUGCACAAUUUUAAAAGGCAUUUGAUAUUGGAUUUUAUGCAUUAAUACUCCAGUAUAGAAAGUAAAUAUGCAUAUAUGAGAAUAAAUAAAAUGCCUCUAAAUAAAAGAUUGAGUUGUGGUACUGAUGGGGUGAUGAGUGGUGUAGUGAUAAAAGUGCCACUAGCACCACUGAAAUGUAUUGCAAAAAUAAACAUUUGCUG